UUACAAACAACUCCUCUUUCAAAACUCUUUUAACAUGAAUCCGUCAUUGGUGUUUUUGGUUUUGUUGGUGGCGAUGGGAGUUGCGGCAAGAGAGAAGCAGAUUAAACUGGAAGACAUAGAAAGGGACAAUUUGCAAAGUGAACGGAAAACGAAAGAGGUGAAGCAAUACCUUUCGAGGCCGCAAGCCACGCCGACACCAAAAAUGCAAUAUGGAUUUGUGCCAAUUAAAGCGCCAGUCAAUUACAUCCCUCAAGCUUACCAAGAACAACCACAGCAGCAGUAUUACCUGGCUCCUCAGGCGUACACACAACCACAAACAUUCCCGGGUCCUCCAGCCCAACCACAACCUUACGGUCAAACCAGAACACCGUAUCAAUAUCAACCACAAUACUCGGAGGGUUACAGACCGCAAACAAGAUAUGAGCAAGUGCAGUACGUGCAACCAGGAGUUCAAUAUGUUGUGGACAAUCAAAUACAGCAAACGACCCAAGCCCAGAAAUAUUACCAAGUACCGCAAUAUUACUACGUUCAACCUUACCAAGCGGCUUCUAACAACAUUCAAAGCGUGACCGACAGCAAGGGAAAUGUACAGUACGUGAUGUACGUACCGGCAAGUUAUUUGAAAGAUCAAAACUACGCCUCUUUGACGCAACCACAGCAAUACGCUACACAACCAGAGCAAUAUGCCACCCAACCAGAGCAAUACGCUACCCAACCACAACAAUAUGCCACGCAACCUGAACAACCGCAACCUCAGCAAGAAGUUCAAUACCAAUCCGAACAAAAGUACCAGUAUCAACCCGAACCUCAAAUCCAAACUCAACCCAAAUACACUCAAAUCCAAUACACCGAGAAACCCAAAUACUCAAAACACCCAAAAUCCUUGCUCGACUCUUACGUACCAUCCGUACUGCAAUACCAAUUUUACAAGCAGCACCAAGACAACACCAACUCGAUCAAGCAAAUCCCGAAAAUCAGCGUACAACCUAAUUUGGGAAAAAGCGAAUACGUCAAGAGUUUCAAGACCAUCCAGGAUGCAGGAAGCCAUUUAAAUUACAGACUUCACAGUCCCGCAGCAUACAUACCGCAGAGUGUGAAGCAGUAA